UACUGUGGUUCGGUCUCCUCUUCUCUUACUUCUUGAUGUCGAAAUAAGAGGUGAGUUAGGUUAGGACCGUUAGGACCUGCUACGGAUAUAUGUAUAUUUUAAAUCUGCAUUGAUAAUUUAUUUUAACAAUGAAGGUGGAUUACAAAGGACGGAUCAAGAAAAAAACAGCUAAAUUAAAAUCACAAAACAUUAAAAAAAAAUUAACAGCACAAAAAGCUCAUCAGAAGAAAAUGCAGGCUGCUUGUAAAAACAGCUGUAAAGGUAAGACCACUGUAAAUUUGAUAGAUGAUGACUAUGCUAGUGACAUGCAAAAAAUUUCUUUGUCAGAUGAAUCAAUAAACAAUUCUAUACCGAGAAGAACCUUUCAGGCCAAUUUUAAACACAAGAAGAAAGACUCUGACACUGAAGAAAAUGGUAACAAAAUAUCUAAGACUCAAUAUUUUAUAAUUGAUUCCAAAGAACGGGAUGAUCUAGAACAGCAGAUAAAUGGAGAAAUAGAUGCUUGGAAGUUGGAUACUUCUGAUAGUGAGAUACAAGAGGAUAACGAUUGGACUCGUACUGCUCUCAAAGAGAAAAGAAAUUUAGGUACACCUUUUGUAAUCGAUACAAAAAUGGAUGUUUUCACUAAAAUAAACUUGCCACAGAUAUUUGAACCUGAACAAAUGACAUUAGACAAGGAAAUGAUUUGCAAUGAUACUUUUGAGAUAAAUUCAUUGAUCAAUACGGAUGGAGUCUUCAUGACGGAUGUAAAUUCUAUAAAUUCUAUGUUCAACAAUAUAGAAAUUAAACAUUUAGAAUUAGCAUCACCUGUACCAUCAAGUGUAACUAAGAAUGAUGAAGAUGUCAGUGAUAACAGAUUAAAUACCAUUAGUGCUAAUGUAUAUAAUAUAAAGAGUCCUAUUAAAAAUCCUGUGCGCAAAAAAUUUACUAAAAAUAACAGUCAUCAGUUUACGAAUCAUAAUAGUGAUACAAAAGCAAGGAGGCAUAAAAGUUUGCAUCAACAUAUGAAUCAGAGAGUACCAAAAAUUUACUGCUUAAGGAACAUAGUCAUUGUUAUAAUGGAAAAUGAGAGUAGACUCUGUUUCACUGGCAAGUUGUUAGUAAAAGUAUUGUAUGGCGCCGUGAAAAUUUAUGGUUUCAUACUAAACAAGUCAACUGAUACUACAGAAGUAUACUCUCCACGUGGUUAUAGCAAUAUCGCCAUAGAAACUAGCCAGGAAUUCCUGGAAGGCAGUGUCGAAGAUGUGUGGACAGUGCUUGCUGUGAAUGGUAUUACUCGAGACUCUGAGAGUAAAUUGCAGAUUGACGUUGACAAUGUCCAACCAGGAACGGCUAUCUUUAUGCUGCAAAAUUUUGAAAACAAUUUGACGCUCUUUUUAGAUACCCACUUCUCAUACUUCAAAUUGUUCCCGAAGGUGACGAAUCCUCACUAUUUUUCAUGGACAGAUCCUAGACGAGCCGAGAUAAUACUACAAGCGAAACUGUGCCUUGAGCAAUACAAUUUUAAAUAUAAACGUUUGAUUAUCAGUCCCUAUAUCACAGAUAUUGCAGAGAAGAUGCUGAAUCACUGGCGCGAGAAUGAAUGGUCUUGCACGCUGAUCGCUGGUGGUAAAAGCGUCGGCAAGUCCACCAGUAUACGAUGUUUGAUCAACAGUUUGUUGGCCACGUCGAAGAAAGUAGUUUUGAUAGAUGUAGAUCCUGGACAGGCAGAGUGUACACCGCCCGGUUGCAUCUCUAGCUUGAUCGAGGAACCAUUGAUGGGACCGAAUUUCACACAUCUAAAGACACCGAUUUACCAACUGUUUAUUGAUGAUGUAAACGUUACCCGAUGCAUCACGCGUUAUCUGGAAGGCAUUAAGAUGUUGAUCAAGAAAUUGAAAGAGUGUCCCAUUCUGUCUCGUUUGCCUAUUGUAGUGAACACAAUGGGUUUUCCAAAGAGUCUUGGUUGGAAUAUUGUAAUCUUCACAAUAAAAUUGAUUAGGCCCUCGAUCAUCCUACAGAUUAUGUCGUCAAAAAAAAAGAAUAAUUAUGACGACAUUCUCAGUGCGGAAGUUGUAAACAAACAGGAAUGUUCGUGGACAUUUUGCGAUGAAACAUUCAUCGAUUGGAAUAGACCAUGUGAGCACGACUUUUGCAUGAUCUACUCCGAGGCGGAGAUAGCGCGAAAGAAUGAGUUUAACAUUGAACCAUAUCAAAUACGUGAACUUUUGAUGUUAUCUUAUCUUAGCAGUAUUGUGCACAACAAAAAUGAUUCCAUCCAGUGCAACACAGAACUUUCAUUCAAUAUUAACGAAGUAGUGCCGUAUAUGGCAUCAUUUUCUUCCUUAUGCAUUAUACCUCAACGAUUAUUUGGAAUACCAGCAUCACAUGCCUUAAAUGUCAUAAAUGGUAACAUUGUAGCGCUAUGCGGUAUAGAUUUAACGAAGGAAUCUCCAGAAAAGUCCAUAGAUAUCUCCAAUCUUCAAGUAUUGACGCAAAGAUCUCCUUUAUGUACAUGCUACGGGUUUGGCAUAAUUCGAGGUAUCGAUAUGGAACGACAGGAAGUAUUUAUAAUUACUCCGUUACCGAUAUCAAUCAUGCAAUACGUUAACUGCUUGGUGGGUUGUAUGCCUGUUCCUCCGACAUUGCUGAAGUUGCAUCAAGGUGCUCCUUAUGUUGGAGGAAAUGCAACAUUGCCAACGAGUCGUGAACCUCGUAGAGGAUACUUUAGGAUGAGAUAUCAAAACAAAAAUAAGUCAAGUAAAUCAGAAUGAAUCAUAUUACAUGCGCGCUGAUAUAUAUUUUUGAUAAAUGCUUGUUAAUUUAAGGGGGCAAUUCAGUAAAAUUUUUUACAUUUCUUUUUGAAAAAUUGAUUCUUACAAAUAUGCUCUUAAAAUAUUUUCAUGAAAUUCGAAGUAUUUCUCGAGUUACGUGAAUAGCGGCGCACAAUGCUGAGAUGUAAUUUUUUGUAUACCUACGUUUCAUUUUAGAGGUGUUGAAAUCAUCCGAAAUAUUUUAUUUAUCUGUUAUCGGCUACAGACUAUCGGCUACAGAAUCAUCAAUUUUUACUGUGUGUCUUGCGAAAUGCGUUAUACGAAAGCGGAAAAAAUCGAUGUGAUUUUCAUCUAUGGUGAUCUAUAUAUUUCGCAAGACACGCACUUCGAUCGAUAGAUAAAUUCAAACUGAUCAGUAAAUAUGGAUAAUUCUACGUACGAUUCAAUGUUUAUUUACAUACCAUGAUACACUUGAACGAUUAGCGGUAUACCAAGUAGAAAAGACACGAAAUUAUUCGAGUGCUUUGAAACAAUUUAUUUUCCAUUAUUGAUUUUGUGUAACCUUGAAUGACUUUCAAUUAUUCGUCUUGAAAUGCUCUAUCAGAAUGUAAAUAAAAAAAACACAUUUGACCUUUGCCUAUCCUUUACGCCUCCACUUAAAAAAUUGACAUUACAUUACGUGCCCCUCGAAACCAAGCAACUUUUGUUUGAUAUAUUU